AUGGACAUCCCACCAACACAUCGCUAUUCCUACGGAUCCCGCGAGAACCACACCAUCACACCAGGCAUGGACAAUCUCGGUCCCAGCUCACCGGGCGGCGGAAUCAGCGGAAUCGCCCUAGGAAUUGCCAAUACACACAGUCGCCAGAGCGGCAUUGAAGCAUCUCGAGGCGCAAACGACGGAUAUACCGGUCCCGCAGAGCGCGACUUUCACACAACCGGCUCCGACACACCCUACGUGCCCUCGGCAGGCUAUACCAGCGCCGACUCGUUUCGUCCAGAACAAGCCCACGCUUUGAAUAUGGCGAGAGGCGGCGCCCUCGCUUCCCCCGCCUUGCAGACGCCCAGUCAUUCAUCGGUGCAUCUGAGCGAUCCCGCACACAGCACAUACCAAUACCCCGCGCCGUAUGCGGGUCUCACUGAUGGUCCUUAUCAGCGACACUCAACCGCGUACAGUAAUGGCGAUAUCUCGAAUAUUAUUAACCCGGAUGACAUUGCCGAUGAUGGGGAUGAGGACUUUGCUCCCCCGCGCAAUCGAGCUGUACCUGCUGCGGCCGGCGCGACUGGUGGCGCCGCUGCUGGUGGGAUUCUGACCGGCUUCUUUGGUCGCGAGAAGAAGGUUGAUGUCGCGUAUAACUCGGUUCCCGGUGGUGGGUUGGAAGCCGGCGGUGGGGGAGCGUCGAGGCGAACACCGAAUAAUGGAGUAGACGGACGCAAGAAGAUGGGCUGGAUUGUUGGUCUUGUUCUUGGGUUUAUCCUUCUGGGUGCGAUCAUCGGUGGUGCGGUAGGCGGUACAAUUGGUAGUCGUCAUAGUGAGGACAAGUCGAAUUCUUCCGGUGCAGAUACUGCUACGGGUGAUGCGACGACCAAUGGGGACCUCGACAAGAAUUCCGCGGAGAUCAAGGCCCUGAUGGGAAACCCUGAUCUCCACAAGGUCUUCCCUGGAAUGGAUUACACGCCGUGGGGCGUGCAGUAUCCGGACUGUGUGAAGUGGCCUCCGUCGCAGAACAAUGUCACCCGUGACAUGGCUGUUCUGUCGCAGUUGACCAACACGGUGCGUCUUUACGGUACAGACUGCAAUCAGACUGAAAUGGUUCUUCAUGCGAUCGAUCGUCUCGAGCUGAAGGAUAUCAAACUCUGGCUCGGUGUGUGGAUUGAUUCGAAUACCACCUCGACCGAACGACAGAUCAAUCACCUCUACAAGCUCCUCGAUAAUACAAAUGACACAUCCAUCUACAAAGGUAUCAUCGUCGGCAACGAGGCCCUCUACCGCGCCGGCGAUAGCAAGGCAUCUGCUCAGACGACCUUGAUCUCGUACAUCAGAGACGUCACGAAGGAGGUCAAGAAGCGCAACCUGGAUCUGUUGAUUGCGACAUCCGACCUCGGUGAUAACUGGAAUGCGCAGUUAGUCGAGGAAGUGGACGUCGUCAUGUCCAACGUCCACCCCUUCUUCGCCGGUGUCAACGUCGAUGUUGCUGUUGGGUGGACAUGGGAUUUCUGGCAGACCCACGACGUCUCCUUGACCCAAGGCACGAGCAAGAAGCAGAUCAUCUCAGAAGUCGGAUGGCCCAGUGGCGGCGGCAAGGACUGCGGUGAUAGCAAGGUCUGUGACGACGACACGCCUGGUUCUGUCGCCAGUAUCGAGAACAUGAACACUUUCAUGUCUGACUGGAUCUGUCCGGCGUUGGAAAAUGGAACUGAUUAUUUCUGGUAUUUAUUCGCUAUCCACGGGUUCUUCGGCCGGUAUAUUCAGACUACUAACACUCUCUACAGGUUCGAGGCCUUUGACGAACCAUGGAAAGUCCAGUUCAACGUGCCCGGGAAGGAAUGGGAGGACAAAUGGGGUCUGAUGGACCCAGCACGCAAACUCAAGACGGGUCUCAAGAUCCCAGACUGCGGUGGCAAGACGGCCUCAUGA